AUUGGCUGUGAGAGGCCGGUGUGGGCCGCACUCGCGGGGCCGGUGGCGGUUCAGGCGCCCGAGCCGGCCGAUCGGCGUUGGCUGCGGACAUGACGCCCUUGGACCCAGAGGAAACCCAGCCGCUUCUGGGGCCGCCUGGCGGCAGCGCGCCCCGCGGCCGCCGCGUCUUCCUCGCCGCCUUCGCCGCUGCCCUGGGCCCGCUCAGCUUCGGCUUCGCACUCGGCUACAGCUCCCCGGCCAUCCCGAGUCUGCAGCGCGCCGCGCCCCCAGCCCCACACCUGGACGACGCUGCCGCCUCCUGGUUCGGGGCCGUCGUGACCCUGGGUGCCGCGGCAGGGGGAGUGCUGGGCGGCUGGCUGGUGGACCGCGCCGGGCGCAAGCUGAGCCUCCUGCUGUGCUCCGUGCCCUUCGUGGCCGGCUUUGCCGUCAUCACCGCGGCCCAAGACGUAUGGAUGCUGCUGGGGGGCCGCCUCCUCACCGGCCUGGCCUGCGGUGUUGCCUCCCUAGUGGCCCCGGUCUACAUCUCUGAAAUCGCCUACCCAGCAGUCCGGGGCUUGCUCGGCUCUUGUGUGCAGCUGAUGGUCGUCGUCGGCAUCCUCCUGGCCUACCUGGCAGGUAUAGUUGUCAUUAUCUCUUGCUUCCUGUUUGUGAUCAUGUGGCCAUUUUACAGAUGUGUAAACAGAGGUUCAGAGAGGUCAAGGGACUUGUCUGAGGUCACACAGCCAGUGCCCAACAUGCCAGGCUCCAGAUCACCUUCCUGGGACCUUGGGAUAGGCUAG